CUUUUCUCUGCUCUGCCUUUUCCAGCCAGGACGGACUGCCAAAAAGACCUGUGGCCGCUGUCUCCUGCCUCUCUCCACAGAUUUCCCCCUGGUUUGCCAUAUCCCCUCCUGAUACGCCAUGGACCCCAACGCCAUCAAGGAGGAGUUGCGUUUGUUCCAGAGCACCCUGCUCCAGGACGGGCUGAAGGAGCUGCUGAACGAGAACAAGUUUGUGGACUGUACCCUGAAGGUAGGCGACCGCAGCUUCCCCUGCCACCGGCUCAUCAUGGCCGCCUGCAGCCCUUACUUCAGGGAGAUCUUCUUCACAGAGGACGGGAAGGAGGUGGAGAACACCAAAGAAGUCAUCCUGGAAGAUGUUAACCCUUCAAUCCUGGAUAUGAUCAUCCAGUACCUUUACUCCGCAGAAAUUGACCUCACAGAUGACAAUGUACAGGAUAUAAUCGCUGUGGCAAACCGGUUCCAGAUCCCCUCUGUCUUCACUGUUUGUGUCAACUACCUUCAGAAGAAGCUGUCCAUGGCCAACUGCAUGGCCAUUUUCAGGAUGGGCCUGGUCCUCAGCUGUCCAAGGCUGGCCGUGGCUGCACGAAACUACAUCGCUGACCGCUUUGAGCUCCUCUACAAGGAUGAGGAGUUCCUCCAACUUGCGCCCCAUGAACUUUUCGCUGUCAUCGGCGGAGACACGCUGAACGUGGAGAAGGAGGAAUUAGUGUUUGAGGCCGUCAUGGCUUGGGUCCGCCAUGACAAGGAGAAGCGCGUCAAAGUCCUGAAAGAUGCUUUCAGCUGCAUCCGCUUCCGCCUGCUCCCAGAGAAGUACUUCAAAGACAGAGUGGAAACCGAUGAUAUCAUCAAAGCUGACCCAGAGCUGCAGAAGACGAUCCAGAUCAUCAAGGAUGCCUUCAAGGGGAAACUUCCAGAGAAACCCAAGAAGAAGGAAGGGGAGGAGGGGGCCAGCACGGAAGGAGGCGAAGAGGAGGAGGACAGCCCAUUCCCUGGCUUCCUCAAUGACAACCGCAGAUUUGGCAUGUACGCACGCGACUUCAUCUUGAUGAUCAAUGACACGGCCGCUGUGGCGUAUGACGUCAACGAGAACGAAUGCUUCCUGGCGGCCAUGUCGGAGCAGGUGCCACGAAACCACGUGAGCCUGACAUCACAGAAGAACCAGCUCUACAUCAUCGGUGGACUGUUUGUGGAUGAGGAAAACAAAGAUCUACCCCUGCAGUGUUACUUCUACGUAAUGGACCCACUUAUAUCUGACUGGGUCGCCCUGCCGCCUAUGCCGUCUCCAAGAUGCCUCUUCAACAUGGGCGAGAGCGAGAACAUGCUUUUUGCUGUAGCAGGAAAAGACCUCCAAAGCAACGAGUCACUGGAUAGUGUCAUGUGCUACGAUGUGGAGAAAAUGAGGUGGAGUGAGACCAAAAAGCUUCCUCUGAAGAUUCAUGGCCAUGCUGUCGUGUCCCACAAAGGCCUGGUGUACUGCAUUGGAGGAAAGACAGAUGACAACAAAGCCCUGAACAAGAUGUUCACUUACAACCACAAGCAGUCAGAGUGGAGGGAGCUGGCAGCCAUGAAGACACCCAGAGCCAUGUUUGGAGCCGUCAUUCACAACGGAAAGAUUGUGGUAGCCGGUGGUGUGAACGAGGAGGGUCUCACUGCCACAUGUGAAGCCUAUGACUUCACAACAAACAAGUGGGAGCCUUUCACGGAGUUCCCCCAGGAGAGAAGCUCCGUCAACCUGGUGAGCAACGGUGGCUCGCUGUACGCCGUGGGUGGCUUUGCGAUGAUUCAGAUGGAGAACAAAGAGGUAGCUCCCACAGAGGUCACCGACGUCUGGCAGUAUGAGGAAGAUAAGAAGGAGUGGAGCGGUAUGCUGAGGGAGAUGCGUUAUGCCGCCGGCUCCUCCUGUGUCUCCAUGCGCCUCAACGCUGCCAGGAUGCCUAAACUGUAGACAAACACUUCUUUUUCCACCCCUUCCAACAUCACCUCAUGUCAAACCCCCUUCUUUAAGCGAGUUUCCUCCAAACCAUCUCAUCUUCUGCACGUCAAGAUGAUCUUUGCCAUUAAUUUCUUCAGUACACACUUGGUUCUGCCUCUUCAAAGACUGUACCAUCCCCCAAAGAAUAAAAAAAAAACAGAAGCUGCAAUUUAGAUUGAUCCAUAAAGCUCUGUUUACAUCCUUUCUAGCUCUUUUGUAAAA